UUAAAAUUGAAAGAUUUCUCAAAUUAGUCGCCAGGUUCCUUCAAAGCGCUGAAUCCAAGAUGGCGUCCUUUCCAGCUUGUUCAAAUUUUCGUCGAACUUUUUUACUUUCUGCGCGAUUUCUACGAAGCAACAACGUUCAGAGUUUUAGCUCCACUACGUAUGUGUAUUUUUAGAAUUUCUGAGUCUUUAAUCAACAAUAUACAAGUACAAUUAUCAGUUAAAUUUACCUUAGCUGAUGCUAUAGUUAAUACUUGCUUUUUGAUAUUAAAAACAGUGGUCACUCUGACGAAGGAGACAUACCAAAAGCAGCUAGUUCGCACACAGUUCCUGCUUCAAUAUUUCAUGAUAACCUAGUCAGGUUUGUAGAAUAUGUAGACGAAUAUAUCUGUCUAAAAUGUGAGCUCAAAAUUGCUCUAGUCCCAGACCUCCUCCUCCUGCAGGUUUUUUCAGGGAUUUUUUAGGGCCGUUAAACGGCCCCAAAAACUCAAUCUUGAAUUGAGUUUUGAAACUCAAUCUUCUCACCAAAGUUUUAGUGCAGUAAAAAUGAUGUUGUUUGAGCUAAAUUUGUGACGUGUGGAAUCCCGUCAAUUAAAAAAAAAAAUGGCUGGAAUUCAUCUCACAACACAAGAAAAACUAUGCAUUCGCCAUCUUUAACCAAUUUAUAGUGUCCCUUAGUGCCCCUGCUUUAACACAUUCCGUCUCAACUACAUUUAUUGAGUACAGGUGUCAGUUGCCCGGUGUCAGUUGCCCGGUGCAGCCACCCCAGCUGUUCAGCUAAACUCAAUCUUCUCUGCAAAAACAGACCCAAGAGAAAAUCCUGAAAAAACCCUGUCCUGGGAACACUACAUACAUUUGUUCCAUCAACUGGUCUAUUAAUAUUAACUAUGGUCUAUUUUAGCCAUCCAGAUAUCACACAUGAAACUACACUCUUACUCUAAUCAAAGACUAUACAACUGUGGCUAGAAAGUAUGCCGCAUUCAUCUAUAUUUGGCCUUGAGUCAAUAAUUCCAAUAUUUAGUUGCAAAUGCAAAAUUUUUCAUUAUUAGCAAGUUUAUCAACUCAAUGAUGUAUGAUGGUAAGAAGUCUUUGUCACAGAGAAUUAUGCUUAACGUGAGUUUGUAUUAACAGCAUUAUUUAACACAUCAACUUUUCUUUACUCGUAAAUGAACUACCCAAAAAGCAAACAUACAUUUGACUUUUUUCAAUCUAGACCUUUGAAUGUAUCAAGAAGAAACAAGUUGCAUUGUAAGCAGAAUACAUUUUGAAUGCAAAUUUGAUUAUUGAUUAUAUUAAUUGAUUGGUUGAUUAUAUUAAUUGAUUGAUUGAUAAUAUUGACUGGUUGAUUAUAUUUAUUGAUUAUAUUGAUUGGUUUAUAACAUCAAUUGAUUGAUUCUAUUGAUUGAUUAUAUUGAUUGGUUGAUUAUAUUGAUUGAUUAUAUUGAUUUCCUGUAGAAAAUUAUCAAGCAAGAAACCAGAUGAAGUUCAAACAGAUCCUCUGUCAAUAUUCCACACAGCAAUGGAAAAUGCUCAGCCUGUAGUCGGAGUUCAACCCAUCAAAAAAGCAGGAAAAACCUACCAGGUUUGACUGAGUCUGAAAUUACUGUAUAAAGUAACGGUCGUGGCCAAUUUGAAAAUAUUCACACUUGUUCCAGGAGUGAGAAAAUUUAAGUACAUGUUGCAAUUCUGCCACAUAUAAUGCUAACUGGCGGUUGAUACAGAGUAUGCAGGUUUCCCUAAUCACUAAUUCUCUAAGUUCAACUUAUAUUGCAGGUUCCAACUCCACUAACGGCCAACAGACGGAGGUUUCUGGCCAUCAAAUGGCUUAUAGGUACAGCGCGUGAUAAACCUGGUCCAAGAAAUGCCAAAAUGUACGAGAAAUUAUGUCAAGAAAUACUCAAUGCUUAUAACAACGAGGUAAAAUACUCAAUGCUUAUAACAACGAGGUAAAACAUUCAACAAAGCCUGGUUCACACUGAUCCCAGUAGGAAUUUUGCAUAGGUACAUUCUAGGUUUUGAAGGAUUUGUAAGAAAUGUUUGAGGGUUUUGAUUCAGUGUUUAAUACUAACGCCCGUAUUCUAAAAGCUCACUCACACUCAAUGAGUGAAGAUUCAAUCUGGGCUUCUCUUGAGUGUCAAUGUUGUUUUUGAAUAGCUGGAGGGUGAGUAGUCACAUAGUAAGGUAUGACACUAACCCUCCAGCUAUUCAAAAACAGCAACGACACUCGAGAGAAGCUCAGAUUGAACUUCCACUCAUUGAGUGUGAGUGUACUUUUAGAAUACGGGCGUAAGUCAGUUCCCAAAUUCUUCAAAACUUAGAAUUUAAUACCGAUGUAAAAUUCCUUCUGUGAUCACAGAAACUUGGGUAGUGGAACCAGGCUGCUGCAUCGUCAGCACGAUGAUAGAUUGUAAUUAUUUUGUCUUUUUGUCUUUCAGGGUGCUGUGGUUCAAAGAAAACGUGAUCUUCACAAACUUGCUGAAAGUAAUCGAGCAUUUGCGAACUUUAGAUGGUGGUGAUUUCCGCUUGGGGACACGUUUGAAUUUAUGCAAUGUGGAGCAUUUCAAUCAUCUUCACAGCAGACCGUGUGAGGCUUAGUAGACAUCGUGUGUCUUGACAAUACCACAAAAUAUUUUCACACUCCGAGGAAAUCGAGUGGGCACCAACUAAAAAGGACGACAUUACUGUUAAAACUUGCGCAUGUCCGAUAUGAAACAUUGAAAAUUGAAAUAAAAAUACAGAAAACAUUUUGGUGUAUGUCGGCUUUAUUUAUUCACGUCUUACUCAAUAAAUCUACAAGAAGCUACUAGAGCCAGUUGUUUGAAAGCUGAUUAACUCAUAAUCCUGAUCUUAACAUUGACACAACUUUUACCUCAAUCCUAACUUUAAUCCUGGAACUGCCCUAACCUUGUACCAAUAGUCAUCAUUACAUCACGCUGACGUCAUCGUUACACCAUAAUGACGUCACCAUUGCAUCAUGGUUAUAUAAUAUAGUGACGACGUCAUCAUUAUAUUAUGACGUUAUCACGACGUCAUCAUUGUUGCGUCACGAUGACGUCAUCACUUCAGGAAUGAAAUCUAAAAGUUGAUUCAAUCCAAGACAAAGAUUAAUUGGUUUUCAAACAACCAGCUAGAUAUAUUUCUACACGUGCGACAUGUUCUUUCCCCGCGUGAUUUACACGCACUUACAGCAGAACCUCGUCUUGCCAAUGAGAUCUUGAAUGGUCUGCGCCACGCCACUGAGAGUGCCCUGAAGAUCUCGGAGGAAAUUACGUAUUGAACACGCGGCAUCACACUUGCAUUCUAACCCUGCCUUGCAUUUACCCGGAUCCUCUUUCGCACCUAAGUAUCCACAGACGUUCCCUCUGCGAGAGGGAGGGACGCAGGUAUGACUUAAGGGGUCACACCAGUACUUCUUCUGGUAGUUGCAGCGACGACCUGGUAUU